AUCAAACUCCUUCCACCAAAAUUCUGGAGAAUUCGCUCUUCUCCAACCUUUCCACUUGUUCCCUCUCUCUAGUUCAGAUCUUUCUUCUCUUCCUCCUCCCACCUGGUUCCGCCGCCGGGCACACCGCCUGCUCCUCCACCUCCCUCGUCUCACAGUCGCCUAGCCGCUGGGUGCCUGGUUCUGGUGGUGAACCCCACCACAGGCACGGGGUCAUGGGUGCCGACGGCGGCCGGAAGAGCUCGUCGCCGGCCGCGAAGCCGGCGGAGGCCCGGGCGGUGAGCCUGCUCGCCGGACUCCCGUCGCGGGGCAACUUCGUCGCCGACAACAUCUCGUCCAGCAUGGGUGGCCUCCCGGUUUAUGUCUGCCUGCACGACACCGCUCCUCCAGAGGGACAAGUUAUAGACACAGAUACAACAAACAUUUUAAUUAGAUCUCUCCAGUUAAGUAAACAGAAAAAUGAGGGCAAAGAUGUAGGCUCAAGGACUCCAGGAGAAAGCAGCAAGGGGAAAAGGUCGGCUUCCAGAAAUUUAGAUGGCAAGAAUCCAUCGAAGAGACCUAACACUGGCAGCUCAGCAGGUUCAUCUUCCCUCGAGGAAUUGCCAUCUGUUUUUUCUGAGCAGACACUUCAAUCAUUUACAGUGGAGAAGUUGCGUAUUCUUCUGAAAGAGAGAGGCCUGUCACCAAAAGGCAAAAAGGAUGAACUGAUUGCACGCUUAAUUGAGGCCUCAGCGUGAUCUGAACUGCAGUCUUAUUCAUCUCAUAUGACCGCAUUUUGUUGGAUGAUGUACCGUAGCGACGAAUUGUACACCAUGCUAGUGAACUUCUGUUGCAGACCUCAUACAGGCAUAUUUUAAAAUAUUUCAGAAAUGAAGAUCUGGCUGAUAUAUUUCCACAUGGCACCUUGUUUGUGGACUGCUGUAACACUUGCACAAUGCGUGUUGUGUUUACACAGGGCUGCCUGGACAACCAAGCCCCCACAUUUCCCCAGAAUUGGACACUGCGAACUCGAUUCCAGCACCUGUGUUCAUUUCCAAGCAACCUUUGCCUUGCCCAAUUUCCUUUUGAUGGAUCAGAAAAACUCUGAUUCUGACAUCAUGUGGGUGUCCUGGCAGCACUGGUGCACGUAUAAUUUUUGUGGUGAAGCCGAUUGCAGCAGCUGUUGUAUCUUGCAUGAUAGAUGAGACCAUAUAUGCUCUGGUAUUAUAGCAAUGCUAGGGCAUUGUUCUGGAAAAAAAAGUACAUGUUGGCAGCAUAGUUGAGAGAGAUUGAACUUGAAAUGUUCUUUGCA